AUGAGAUUAUCGACUUCAAGUCUCUUUCUUUCCGUGUCUCUGCUGGGGAAGCUGGCCCUCGGGCUGUCGGCUGCAGAAUGGCGCACUCAGUCGAUUUACUUCCUAUUGACGGAUCGGUUCGGUAGGACGGACAAUUCGACGACAGCUACAUGCGAUACCGGUGACCAAAUCUAUUGUGGUGGUAGUUGGCAAGGGAUCAUCAACCAUCUGGAUUAUAUCCAGGGCAUGGGUUUCACGGCCAUCUGGAUCUCGCCUAUCACUGAACAGCUGCCCCAGGAUACUGCUGAUGGUGAAGCCUACCAUGGAUAUUGGCAGCAGAAGAUAUACGACGUGAACUCCAACUUCGGCACUGCAGAUGACCUCAAGUCCCUCUCAGAUGCUCUCCAUGCCCGCGGAAUGUACCUCAUGGUGGACGUCGUGCCUAACCACAUGGGCUACGCCGGCAACGGCAACGAUGUAGACUACAGCGUCUUCGACCCCUUCGAUUCCUCCUCCUACUUCCACCCAUACUGCCUGAUCACAGAUUGGGACAACUUGACCAUGGUCCAAGAUUGUUGGGAGGGUGACACCAUCGUAUCUCUGCCAGACCUAAACACCACCGAAACUGCCGUGAGAACAAUCUGGUAUGACUGGGUAGCCGACCUGGUAUCUAAUUACUCAGUCGACGGACUCCGCAUCGACAGUGUCCUCGAAGUCGAACCAGACUUCUUCCCGGGCUACCAGGAAGCAGCAGGUGUCUACUGCGUCGGCGAAGUCGACAACGGCAACCCUGCCCUCGACUGCCCAUACCAGAAGGUCCUGGACGGCGUCCUCAACUAUCCGAUCUACUGGCAACUCCUCUACGCCUUCGAAUCCUCCAGCGGCAGCAUCAGCGACCUCUACAACAUGAUCAAAUCCGUCGCAAGCGACUGCUCCGAUCCCACACUACUCGGCAACUUCAUCGAAAACCACGACAAUCCCCGUUUCGCCUCCUACACAUCCGACUACUCGCAAGCCAAAAACGUCCUCAGCUACAUCUUCCUCUCCGACGGCAUCCCCAUCGUCUACGCCGGCGAAGAACAGCACUACUCCGGCGGCAAGGUGCCAUACAACCGCGAAGCGACCUGGCUCUCAGGCUACGACACCUCCGCAGAGCUCUACACCUGGAUAGCCACCACGAACGCGAUCCGCAAACUAGCCAUCUCAGCUGACUCGGCUUACAUUACCUACGCGAAUGACGCAUUCUACACAGACAGCAACACCAUCGCAAUGCGCAAAGGCACCUCAGGGAGCCAAGUCAUCACCGUCCUCUCCAACAAAGGCUCCUCAGGAAGCAGCUACACCCUGACCCUCAGCGGAAGCGGCUACACAUCCGGCACGAAGCUGAUCGAAGCGUAUACAUGCACGUCCGUGACCGUGGACUCGAGCGGCGAUAUCCCCGUGCCGAUGGCGUCGGGAUUACCGAGGGUUCUUCUGCCCGCGUCCGUCGUCGAUAGCUCUUCACUCUGUGGCGGGAGCGGAAGUAAUUCCUCAACUACAACCACAACAACAGCUACCUCAUCUUCCACUGCUACAUCCAAAUCCGCAUCAACCUCGUCUACGUCGACGGCAUGCACAGCUACCUCUACCUCCCUUGCGAUCACGUUCGAAGAGCUCGUCACGACUACCUAUGGGGAGGAAAUCUACCUGAGCGGAUCGAUCUCCCAGCUUGGGGACUGGGAUACGAGUGAUGCGGUGAAGAUGUCGGCGGAUGAUUAUACGUCGAGUAAUCCGGAGUGGUCGGUUACUGUGACGUUGCCGGUGGGGACAACCUUUGAGUAUAAGUUUAUUAAGGUGGAGUCGGAUGGGAGUGUUACUUGGGAGAGUGAUCCGAAUCGGGAGUAUACAGUGCCAGAGUGUGGGAGUGGGGAGACGGUGGUUGAUACUUGGAGGUAGAUGGUUUGGUUUUAUUGUUUUAUUAAGUG